CAUAAGGCAGCCAGCUUCACUCUUACAAGCCUAGCUAACGAAAACAAGCCAGGCAGCAGCAAGUAGCGGAUUGAUGUGUGUUUCUGUCAUCUUUCUGCUUUUAUUUUGCUAUCCUGACAGCCGUCGUACACCCCGUUUGCCCUCAACAACUGUCGUAUUUCUUCUUUAGUCGUCAUACAACAAUAUAAAACUGAAGUUGCUUAAGUAAAGCACCAUUUUCCCCAUCCCCUCCUAUUAUUCUUAUUCUUUUGCGUAUUCUUCAUUGUCAAGCCGCCAAAGUGGAGAGUGUGAUUGCAGAAGGGGGUGCUUCUCGUUUCAGCGAGUUCCUGGGGAAAACCCCAGGGCAAAGCGCUCAGAGAUGGGUUCCUUCACGAAGCACUAGACGAGAUGUCAACUCCAGCAACGAAAAAGAGCGACACGAUGCAAUCUUCAGGAAAGUGAGGGGCAUACUCAACAAACUCACGCCUGAGAAGUUUGACAAGCUAUGCCUUGAGCUCCUGAAUGUGGGCGUAGACUCAAAACUCGUCCUUAAAGGAAUCAUCUUGCUGACCUUCAGACGACUGCUAAUUUCCAAACUUCAAGAUGAAUUUGAAAACCGCACCAGAAAUGUUGAAAUCUAUGACAAACAUGACAACCCUCUUACUUCUGAGGAGGAGGAGCAGCGUUCCAUUGCCAAGAGCAAGAUGCUUGGCAACAUCAAAUUCAUCGGGGAACUUGGCAAACUCGACCUCAUCCACGAAUCUAUCCUUCAUAAGUGCAUCAAAACACUGCUGGAAAAGAAGAAGAGAGUCCAGCUCAAGGAUAUGGGGGAGGAUCUGGAGUGCCUCUGUCAGAUAAUGAGAACAGUGGGGCCGAGACUCGACCACGACAAAGCAAAGUCUUUAAUGGAUCAGUAUUUUGGCCGUAUGCGAUCCUUAAUGAACAACAAGGAGUUGCCCGCAAGGAUCCGCUUCCUGCUCCAAGACACGGUGGAACUGCGAGAAAACAACUGGAUCCCCCGCAAGGCUUUCAUCGACAACGGACCAAAGACGAUUCACCAGAUCCGUCAGGAGGCAGUGAAGGAUUUGGGUGUUUUCAUCCCAGCACCCAUGUCUCAGGGGAUGAGGAUGGACUUCUUCCUGGAAAGCCCCUUCAUGCCCAACAGAAUGAAACUGGACAGGGAGACUCUCGGGGGAUUGGCCGAUAUGUUUGGGCAGAUGCCAGGCAGUGGGAUUGGAACUGGCCCUGGGGUUAUUCAGGAUCGGUACUCGCCCACCAUGGGACGCCAUCGCACCAACCCGCUCUUCAACGGCCACAGUGGCCACAUUGCCCCCCCGCCACAGUCGCAGUUCGACGUGGGGCAGAAGUCUUUCGUUAAAUCCAACCAGGUUCAGAACCAGCAUUUCCUCAACCAAAACCAGAACCACCUGGCCCAGCAGCAGGUCCAGUCCAAGGACAUGCCUCCACGAUUCAGCAAGAAAGGACAGCUCAAUGCAGAUGAGGUGUCUCAGAUCAGCCUAAGGCCUGCUCAGUCAUUCCUCCUCAACAAGAACCAGGCGCCCAAGCUCCAGCCGCAGAUCCCCACCAUGAUGCCUCCCAGCGCCCAGCCACCCCGCACUCAAACCCCCCCUCUUGGACAGCCUCCACAGCUUGGCCUGAAGACCAACCCUCCUCCCAUCCAAGAGAAACCUCAGAAGAUCAACAAGAAACCCCCGCCUGCCAAGGAGGAACUGCUGAAAAUGACGGAGACGAUGGUGACGGAGUACCUGAACAGCAAGAACCUGACGGAGGCGGUGAGCGGCGCCAAAGAGAUGAAGGCUCCGAAGCACUUCCUGCCGGAGAUGCUGAGUAAGAUCAUCGUGUGCUCCCUGGACCGUCCCGCUGAGGACAAGGAGCACGCCAGCACUCUGAUCCACACGCUGCGCACCGAGGGCCUCGUCACCGGCGAGAACUUCAUGCAGGCCUUCCUCAACGUCCUGGACCAGUGCCCUAAGAUCGAGCAGGACGUGCCCCUGGUGAAGUCCUACCUGGCCCAGUUUGCGGCCCGGGCCGUCAUCGCGGAGCUGGUGAGCGUGGCGGAGCUGGCCCACCCGCUGGAGAACGGCACGCACUUCCCCCUCUUCCUGCUCUGCCUGCAGCAGACGGCCAAGCUGAAGGACCGAGAGUGGCUCACCGACAUCUUCCAGCAGAGCAAGGUCAACAUGCAGAAGAUGCUCCCAGAAAUCGAUCAGAACAAGGAUCGCAUGCUGGAGAUCCUGGAGGGGAAGGGCCUGAGCUUCUUGUUCCCGCUGCUGAAGCUGGAGAAGGAGCUGCUGAAGCAGAUCAAGGCAGACCCCUCCCCGCAGUCCAUCUACAAGUGGAUCAAAGACAACAUCUCGCCCAAGCUCCACACCGACAAAGGCUUUGUGAACAUCCUCAUGACCAGUUUCCUGCAGUACAUCUCCCAGGAGCUGUGCAUGGCGGAGGGCGAUGAGCAGCUGGCGGCGCCGUCCAAAGAGCAGCUGGACCAGGAGAAGCAGCUGCUGCUGGCCUUCAAGCCCGUCAUGCAGAAGUUCCUGCACGACCACACCGAGCUGCAGGUCAGCGCCCUCUACGCCCUGCAGGUGCACUGCAACUCCAGCGCCUUCCCCAAAGGCAUGCUGCUGCGCUACUUUGUCAACUUUUACGACAUGGAGAUCAUCGAAGAAGAAGCCUUCCUUGCAUGGAAAGAAGACAUAAGUCAAGAAUUCCCUGGAAAAGGAAAGUCCUUAUUCCAGGUCAACCAGUGGCUCACCUGGCUGGAGACAGCGGAGGAGGAGGAGUCCGAGGACGAAGCAGACUGACGAUGCCGAGCAAGAAUAAGCAUCAUGGUGUAGAAGACCGGCCUGAUCUCAUUAGUACACUCGCCUUUCCUUUUUAUUUAACUCCAUUCUCGAUGUAACCACUACCACGUGGCACUUAGCGGCUUCAGUCUUGCGAAAAUAUAUGAAACGGAAAGCUUGUACCUGUCGGGCCGCGCCUGUGAACACCUGAGGAGCAUCAUGUGUCGCCCAACGUGUGGAUCUGGAUCUGCGUCCUGAUCGGCUACAAGAAGCCGCUCAACCGUGUGUGUGUUUUUCUUUGAGUUAUAGCUCCUACUUUUCACUGUUUUGCAUGUUUUUCAUCUAAAUUUAAUCUGUAAUGAACCCCCCCCCACCCCCCCCCCGUAGGAAACCCACGUAGGAUUUCCAACUAAAUAAAUUAAAUCAGUUGCUAUUAACACCAUGCAGGCUGCAGAUAUAGUGAGGAUUAAAGACUUUUCGGGACGUGUGAUGGAUGGCACGGGGGCCUACUGAAGCAAUAGUAGUUUAAUCUGGAAAAAGGUUUAAAAAUCUGAAUUGAGGUGCGUUAGUUAGUCGAGCUACGCUUACUAAAAAGCUGCUUUCCUUUAUAAAUAAAAGUGCUCUUCAUAGCGGCUUAAGAUGAGCAUCGUUCCCCCCCCACCCCCCUUUGAGGGGUUGCUACUCCUCCUCAUGUUACAUUACUUUAGAGGAAAAGUUGUAGUCGGUGUGCCGCCGUAACGUCUCAAAGUUGCCUGUGUUUCUACCUCUUAGUUAGAUGGGCUCUUGUUUUGAUUUUGUGCUGGGAUAACGGCAUCGAAGAAGAAGCUGUUGCCCGUGCACACGGUCAGGUGUUUGAUUAGUUCCUGGCCUGAUUGCACAAUGGAUUCAUUUAAAAAAAAACAAAAAGCUCUUUCUGUGAAGCUUCACAUGGUUUACACGUAUGAAUAUUUAAAGUUUGUUUGUAAUUUGACUUUUGUUCUUGGCUUUCAGAUUAUUGGAGUAACGGUGUGGCCUCUUAUCUAAACGGUUAUAGAUAAUUAACCCCCCCCCCCCCCCACCUUCACUGAAAUAUCAGUUAUAUUAGUAAGAAACAUUGACUUUCACCCAAGCAUUACAAGCCAUGUCUAUGUGUGAGGCAAUGAAUUUGGAUCAUAUUGCAAGGUAUUCAACAUUAUUGUGCACUUCUGUCGCUAUAAUGUCAAUAAAGUUCAAUACAUGAGCACCAAAAGCA